AUGAAUUUAGAAAUUGAAAUUCCUAUAUGGUAUAAUGGAAAAAUGAAAUGGAUAUCAAAUUUAACAACACGUUCAAAAUGUUCAGAUGUUAUACAAGCUAUUUUAUCAUCCGAUGAAAAUUAUUUUCCUCAAACAAACGAUAAUUAUGUUCUUUAUGAAUCAUGGCGUGGUGUUGAACGACCAUUAAAAUCCCGUUGUCGUCUUUUAAAAUUAUGGCAUUCAUGGGCUGGUGAAUCACAAAAUGUAACAUUAACACUACGAAAUUAUCAUCAACAACAAUAUCAUCAAAUAAUUUCUACACAAAAUCGUAUUCGUCAUCAAGAAAAAAAAUCGAAACGUAAUCAAAAACGUACAGAUAAACAAUUAAAAAAUCAAAAUCAAUCGAUUCUAUCCUAUUUAAAUCUUUACCGUUCAAUUCUUAAUACUCAAACACAAAUAGAAUAUCAACAAAAAAUUAUUUCAUGUUUAAUAACUGAUAUUGAUAAUGAAACACGAAUAGAUUUUAAUCAAGAUGAUUUAACAAAUCUUUUAACGGAAGUUAAUCAAACAUUAAUUAUUAGUAGACAACUAAAUCAACAAUCCGAUGAACUUGAUGAAAAAAUUAAUUUUUCAAAUAAAGAAAUUGAUCGAAAACAAUGUUUAUUAGAUGAAUUAGAAUUAGAUUAUGCAUUAGAUGAAAAUAUUGAAAUCGAUAGUCUUGAAGAUGAUAAUGAUGAUGAUGAUAAUCAAGAUCAGCUAAGUUUUACAUUUCAACAAGAACAUGUUAGUACAAAAGAUGCUUCACCAUCACCACCACCACCAACUAUUUUAACUCAAAAGAAAACACAAACAGUUUCAUCUCGUCCUACAGCAAUCGUUGAACCAAGUCUAUCAUUAAGAAAAUCCAGAUCUUUUUCUGAUCAUCCAUUAAAAACUCGAGUACAAAAUAUUUCUUUUCCUAUUCGUCAUCAUAGUCCAUGGUCAUUAUCAACAAAUGAUGAAUCCGAUACGGGUAUUAGCUCAUUCAAUUCAACUGAUGAUCAAUUAGUCACACUUGUUUAA